AUGUUUAUUGUGUAUGUUCUGAUACUCUGUAGUAAUUCCAUUAUCUUGUGCAUCAUCUGGGUUCAUAAAAGCCUUCAUGAGCCCAUGUAUAUUUUCAUUGCAGCUUUGUUACUAAACUCCAUUCUUUCAGCACCAAUAUCUACCCGAAGCUUUUUGAUCGACUUUCUGUCUGACAAGCAAGUCAUAACUCAUUCACAUUGUGUCUUUCAAUUUUUUGCCUAUUAUUCUCUAGGUGCAUCUGAUUUCUUACUGUUGUCAGCCAUGGCCUAUGACAGGUAUGUGUCUAUAUGUAAACCUCUGCAAUAUCCAAAUAUCAUGAGAAAAACAACAGUCAGUGUUUUGCUGCUUUUAGCUUGGCUUCUGCCUGCUCUUCAAGUUAUGGCAUCAGCUGCAAUCAUUAAAAAUGUCAAUCUGUAGACUUACAUUGACAGGAAUUUUUGUAACAACUCAAUUUACAACCUUUUUUGUGCGAUCCCGAGAACACUGUCAAUAAAUGGUGUGUCUAUUCUGCUUAACACAGCGCUUCUCCCCAUGCUUUUUAUCCUGUUUACAUACACAAAGAUCCUUAUAAUAUCCUAUCGAAGCAGCAAAGAUGUCAGGAAAAAAGCUGCACAGACCUGUUUACCUCACUUGCUGAAAAGCAAAUAUUCAGAUCGUCACGGUUGUCGCGGUCAAGAACCUGGAUCCAGACUUGAGACACUAACUUUCUCAAUUGCAUCAUCCUCUGGGUUCAGGAGACCAGAGUUUGAUGAUGACAUCUCUGGUAAAGAUGUCAGAGGUCCAUAG